CAGUUAGACAUUGUAAAUAACCACGAAUUUUUAAUUUUUGCGUGAGUUUAUUAAUAUAAAAUCAAUAUUUUUAUAAUUAAAGCUAACUGUAAUUAAUAAUUAACCGUAAAAAAUGUUUUAACUUUAAAAUUUAUCAAAAACAUUACUUUAAAGAAUUUUUAUUUAAUCAAAAUUAUUAGCAUUCCAAAAAAACUGAAACGAACUUGUGAGGUGUGUUUUGAAAAAAGAAUUUGUGAAUUCAAAAUGUCAUCAUCGGAUUCUGAUGAUAUUUACGGUAAUAUUGGGAAAAGGCUAGACAAAAUACGUAGAAACUUUCAAAUCGAAGAUCCUAAAGACGCCAAUCUUGCAGAAACGAACAAAUCAUCCCUUGAUGACAGUUUUUUAAGGGAAAUCAUUGACAAACCAAUAAACAUACCUGUUUCAAAUGUAGAACCCGAUAUUAGUUCUGUAAGACGACAAACUCAAAAUAAAGCCAAACAUAAGGGAAGACCAAGUAAACGAGCUCGAAAAUCAAAGCAAUUUGAGUCUUCCGAAAUUAGUGAUAGUAGUUUAGAAGAAAUUAUAAACGAAACUACUACAAUUACUCAAACUGCUAGAAAAACAAGAUCUAGUGGUAAAAGAGGUGUAAACAGAAGCUCACCUAGAAGUCAAGGCACGGGUAGAAGUAGAGGCAAAGGAAGAAGAGGCAGUGCCAGCACUGGUAGAGGCAGAAACAACCACCUACCUAGUCCAGUGAGCCAAAUUCCUAUUUAUAGUAUUGGCAACACUGAGGAAUAUCCAGAUGCUCUGGAAGAUGUAGCAUUAUUUAGUUCAAAGCAGAAUACCAUAGAAGUAGUUCUGGAUGAUACAAUCGUAGAAGAAAAUGAAGAGUUAUCUGUUAAGGUUUACUGGCAGAGCAUAGACAUAUAUAAAUUUAAAAUUAGGAAGUUUCAGAAAUUAACACAGAUUUUUGAACACUUCGCCAAAAAAGAAAAUGUUAGCAUAGACAAACUAUUGUUCACAUAUAAUGAUAUAAUAUUAAAACCAGAUCACACACCUGACUGUAUAGAUUAUAAUAUAGCUAAGUUCAUUGAUGGCGGUAUUGUUUACAAUAAUGUCACAACGACAACAAAAACAUUAAAAAAAAAUUGUACGGGAAUUAAAAUAAAAUUCCAAUAUUCGAAAUCUAAACGGCCGUUUGAGGUUUAUAUUGAACAAGAUGAUAAGCUGACUUUGGCAUUGGCUAAGUGUGCUGAGCACCUUGAAUUGCCAUUAAGGAAGUUGAAAUUUGAAUUCGACGGUGACAUCAUCACAGGUUCUGAGACGCUUAGGGAUUUAGACAUGGAGGGUGACGAAUGCAUCGAUGUGAAGAUUAUCAGCUGAAGUUAUGUAAAAAUAAAAUAUUUAUGCAUAUUAUAAGUUUAAU